AUUUUGCGCGCCAGUCCUCCAGUGUUUUUGUUACCACAAUAGUUAACCGGCAUGCCGUUCACAUUUUGCUUGCUGAUGCCUCACAGAAUAGAGAAAUGUAUCCCAGACUAAAUGGUAUGUAUGGGAAAUAUGGAUUGGGAACAAUUGGAGCUCAACCCAAGGAUUAUAGCAGCCGUAAAGAAAGCUAAUGUGAAAUCAGCGAGGGAGAUUCUCAGUCUCUCGGGUCCGGAUCUACAACGACUCACCCACCUGUCAAAGUCAGACGUGCAACACCUGCACACAGCUGUUGCUAUCUCUUACCGCAGACAUUCACCUGUAACAGCCUUGCAAGUGCACCGUGGAGAGUGUCCCUCUUUGGAACCUGGGCACAAGCUAAGUUUGGCUUGCCCUGUUCUGGACUCUCUACUGCGAGGUGGUGUACCGUUGAACGGCAUCACAGAACUGGCAGGGGAGAGCAGUGCAGGAAAGACCCAGUUUGGCUUGCAGCUGUGUCUUUCUGUGCAGUACCCACUGGCGUAUGGAGGGCUCAAUUCAGGAGCUGUGUAUAUUUGCACAGAAGACUCGUUUCCCAUCAAGCGUCUGCGGCAGCUCAUUACCCAGCAGGCUCGGCUGCGGCCAGAGCUUCCCCAGGCCCUGAUACGGAGCAUCCGUUUCAGCGACAACAUCUAUAUAGAGCAUGCUGCCGAUCUGGGUGCACUGCAGGCCUGCGUGUCCCAGCGGGUGCCCAUUCUGCUCUCCCGGGGCCUUGUUCGGCUGGUGGUGGUGGACUCUGUGGCGGCUCUGUUCCGCAGCGAGUUCCAGGCGGACGAGGGUAUCGAGAGAGCCCGCCACAUGCUGGCCUUUGCCGCCACUCUCCACCGCCUGAGUCACAACUACAGUACCCCGGUGCUGUGCAUCAACCAGGUGACAGAUGUAAUGGAUGGGCCAGAUCCAGCACACUGUAACUUUGGGUUGGUGGACAAUAAAGUGCUGCCCGCCCUGGGCAUGGCCUGGGCCAACCAGGUGAUGGUGAGGCUGAUGUUGCUCCGCCUCCCGGGCUGUGUGGGCACCGGGGAGCAGGGCGGUACCAGCGCCCUUCGCAGGCUGGAGGUGGUGUUCGCCCCCCACCUCCCCAGAGCCAGCUGCCUGUGUGGGGUGUGGGAGGAAGGAGUGAGAGGGCUGCCAAACAGACCCCGGUCCGUCACCAACAGCGUUACCAAGAGACUUGAAACCACAGGCGAAUUGGGCCUGAACGAUGGUACCUAAAUCCGAUAAACUUUUACAGUUAUAGGAUACAGAAAAAAAGUGCCAAAUGGGAAAAUGAUAGGGACCCGCACACUGUUUAGAUGCUCUGCAGUUUUCUUGGCAAUAUUGUAUCCACAAAGGAAUUUUGUAUCAGGUGAUUCAAGACGUGAUUCCAGCAGGGAAUGCACACUGGAGGAGAGUGGACACUGCAGGAUGGCAGGACUGUUGCCUUACUUUGUGCUUCGACAUUCCAUAGUGAAGCCUAUAUGCAUUUAAAAGGAGAGGGAAGAUAGUAGAAAGAGUAUGAAAGUAUUAUGUGUCUAAUGAUAUGGAAAUCCUGACAAACCACCUUUAAAAAAAAAUCUAAAUACAUUUUCUGCUUUUCUUUUCACAACAGAAUGUAAUAUAUACUAUUGCAAAAAUAUAUAUAUAUAUUUUGCACUACACUUCUGAAGUUUCAUUUGCAUAGCAGCGUGUUCCUGUUGGAGGAAGCUGACACUUGAUUUAGAAAUCGGCAGGCCUGUGGUGUAUGCCAAUCAGUUCUGACAACAGCACAUCCUAGCAACAGCACUGACGGUUUCUAAAUAGUGUAAUAUCACUCCAACCAGGACAUGCUGCUCUGCAAGUCAAAUGCACUUCUGAAAACAGUGCAGAAAACUAUCUGCAACGAUUGAAUUCUGGACAAAGUCUUGUAUUUGUUUCACAUGUUAGAGGAUGUUCUAUCCAGUGGUAAAUAAAAUUGGUGGGUAAAGCUAAUUGCCAUUGGUGGUGAAUGAAGUAACGCUUUUUAUACUUUCAGUGCAUUUUUCCCUGAUAGCUGGGUAAACACUCGCACAAAAAGAGUAAAUGGCAUUUACGUGCAUUUACUUUAGACAGCUCGGAGCAUUCAACACCUCUCAAAUACAAGCAGUGAUGAAGUCAAUCUCUCCUCCACUUUGAGCCAGGAGAGAUUGACACGCAUAUUCGUAAUAUCAGCUCUCUGUGUACAUCCAAGGGCCAAUCGUGCUGAACCGUUCUGAACCAAUUGCAAUUUUCCUAAGUACUUUUUUGUGGCACCUGACCACACUACUGAACAGUAGUCCAAGUGCGACAAAACCAGGGACUGUAGGACCUGCCUUGUUGACAGUGCUGUCAAGAAGGUAGAGCAGCGCCUUAUCAUGGGCAUACUUCUUCCCAUCUUAGCUACUGUUGUAUCAGUAUGUUUGACCAUGACAGUUUUUACAAUCCAGGGUAACUCCAAGUAAUUUAAUCACCUCAACUUGCUCAAUUUCCAUAUUAUUUAGUACAAGAUUUAGUUGAGGUUUAGGGUUUGGUGAAUGAUUUGUCCCAAAUACAAUGCUUUUAGUUUUAGAAAUAUUUAGGACUAACUUAGUCAUUGCCACCCACUCUGAAACUAACUGCAACUCUUCAAAUGUUGCAGUCAUUUCAGUCGCUGUAGUAGCUGACAUGUAUAGUGUUGAGACCUUUGCAUACAUAAACACUCUGGCUUUCCUCAAAGCCAGUGGCAAUUCAUUAGUAAAGAUUGAAAAAGUAAUGGGCCAAGACAGCUGCCCUGGGGAAACCCUGAUUCUACCUGGAUUAUGUUGGAGAGGCUUCCAUUAAAAGAACACCCUCUGUGUUCUGUUAGUCAGGUAACUCUUUAUCCACAAUGUGCAUGUGUGUGUACGGCUUUGUGUCUUUGUAUGUCACUGUGUGUGUCCUGCAAAAGUCAUUUUUAUAUAUUUCUGCAGAUGUACUUUUAAAUGGAUAGUCAUUGGCUCAAUAACUGGAAGUCUAUGGGAACAGCUAGCAUAUCAUUGUGCAGGCACUAGCAGCAACAGAACCCCCCUUACCCUUGCCACCACUGCUGAAAAAAAAUCCUAGGGGGAUCUCUCCUGUUAUCUCUCUACUUUGACAAAUAAAUCAUUUUAUUCAGUC